AUGACAUCUAAUGUUACAGAAUAUGAACACGUUCCAGACGAUGAGUCCUACCUGACAGGGGAGGACGUAUCGAUGCCUGAAGAAGAAGAAGAAGAAGAAGAAGAAGAGGACGAUGACGAUGAUCACAUAUAUAUCAACGAAGAAACAGAAUCCGGACGUGAAAAAGUCUUAGUCUCGCAUGCUCCACUAGAGCGUAUUGUUCCUCCUUUGAAUUUUUGUCCUGUGGAAAGAUACCUUUAUAGGUCAGGCCAGCCCUCGCCUGUGAAUUUCCCCUUUUUAUUGAAUUUGAAGCUGAAGACAAUAAUAUGGCUGUCUAAUGAAGAACCUCAGGAUACCCUUUUAGAGUUUUGUGAUAGCCAUAGAAUAAACUUACAAUUUGCGGCCAUAAACCCGGAUGCCGGUGAAGACGAUAAUCCUUGGGACGGUCUCACUGAGCACUCCAUCAUCAACGUACUGCAAACCAUCGUUACUCAAGAGAAUUAUCCCUUGCUAGUCUGUUGCGGUAUGGGAAGGCAUAGAACUGGGACGGUUAUUGGAUGUCUAAGAAGAAUCAUGGGUUGGAAUUUAGCUAGUGUGUCCGAAGAAUAUAGGCGCUUUACGGGUAGUAGAGGCGGCAGAAUUCUUGUGGAGUUGCUUAUAGAGGCCUUUGACACUAAGCUAGUGAAAAUAGACAAGAACAAGGCGCCAAGUUGGUUGCUGACAGCCCUAGAGUAA